AAGCCGUUUGUUUGGCUGCCCCUCUUUACUUGUCUUUCCCUCUCCUCCCCCUCUUCAAAUUCCAGCCACAUCUUCUAAUGUAGCUCUCUACUACCAAGAGACGGAAUCCGCAGUAGAAGUUUCUGAACUGAAAAAGGAAAGCUAUCUCAGGGAGGUAGACAGAAGAGAAGGUACGACGGCGUCCAAGAUGCAGAGUAUCGCGGUUCUUCAGACCGAGAAUAACUUCGCAACCGGAGCUCAACAUAAGAUACAAAAAGCAACAAAGGCUCCAUCCGGAAACACAUCAAGGAAAAUGCUUGCAGAUAUCAGCAACUUGCCUCAGCAAAAUAAGACUUUAAUACAAGAUGGUAAUUCUCAAGUUGUGCCAAUUACUACUAAAGAGUAUGUUGACCAGCUCCAAAAGGAAAACAUGGCUCUUAUGAAGAUAGUAGCAGAAAGAAAUAAACUAAUUGAAGUGACUGGGAUUGAGUUACAGAAACUGAAGGUAAAUAUGCAGAAAAUGCAGAUACAGAACUUGCAGUUAGCUCAAUCAAACAGCCAAAUGCUGAUGGAUCUCAAUUCUGGUAAAGAUAGGCUAAAAGCAUUACAACAUGAACUUGGAUGCCUUAAUGGUGUGCUUAAAGCAAAGAAUGUUGAAGUUCAGAAACUGAAACUGCAAGUGAGAAAACGUGAAAUAGUUGAUGAUGAGGUGAAACAGUCUAAUAGUGAUGCAGCAGAGGAGUCCAAGCUAUGUAGCAAUGAGGAUAAACUUGGAAAUGCUAAUAGGAGGCCGCAAUCAAAGAGCUGUUCUUUACUGGCUCAAUCGAAGGAUAUAAAUGAAAAUAAGAGGACAUGUACGAGAAGGAAGUCUGCUAGGUUUGAGCGUGAAGAACUAAAACCUGAUGAACGUUUGUUUGACACAGAAGAUGUGACUGUUUCUGUAUGCCAACCAACUCACGAUUCACUUGAAGAAAAUGUUUCUACUUCUACAUUCAAUGAUGUGCAUGGAAAUGAGGUUGAAACUAAGAGGCCUUGUGCAAGAAGACAGUCCGCUAGGUUUAAAUGUGCAAAACCAAAACCUUCUGACGAUAUUUCUGAGAUGAAAGAUGCAGAAAUUUCUUCAUGUUUGUUGAGAGAUGAUAAGAUGGAGGAAGAGGGUUUAAAUUCCACAAGCUCAUUUAAAAAUGAAGAGAAAGAAGGCAUUUCUGCUCCUGUAUUUGACGCUCAAGGGUCCAGAAGAUCUUCCAUGAAUAGGCCUUUGCGCCAAGCAGCUAAGAAGGUUCAAACUUAUAAGGAAAUUCCUGUAAAUAUAAAAAUGCGUAGGAGCGAGUGAAUCAGUGCUUUGGCGUUCUUGCCUCUAGAUUGGUGCCUUAGCAAGUAGCUGUUCUACCGAAGCCUCAGAUUCUUGGAAUGCAUAUUUUGUAAACAUGUACUUUUGCUUCUUUACACUUCUCAGUGCUUAGCACUCAUCUUUUGCAAGCUUAGCAGUAACUUUUUUUUUUUUUUUUCU